AUGGCCGCCGCGUUCGGUUAUGGCUAUGCCAACCCCGCGGAGACGAAAACAUCUCCGGUGCCGGGACGUCUCUUGUCAUCCCUUUGUUCUGCCGGCGCUCGAGCGCCAGCCCGUCCCCAUGCUUACAGUGAAGGACUUUCAUCACAAAGUACAAGCACUGGAUCAAUGCCGGCCGCAACUCCUUCCAGCUCCGAAUGGGAGUCACUUCUGGAUGAGGCUCACGAACCCUCCCAGGAGGCGCUGAAUUCUAUAGUGGACAUGCUGAAUGCCCAGAAGGCUCGGUUGCUGCAAGAGAAUCACAUGCUGUCUCUGGAGUCGGAGAUUGUCCGCUUGUCAAAGGAGAACGAAGCUCUGCGAGCGAGCGUGGAAGCGGCCUAUGUCUAUCCCCCGAUGAGCAAUCCAAUGUCGCUCCCUGCUCAAGUUCUUAUGCCUCUGGAGUUUGGAAAAGCGGACACCGUCGAAGACCGCGGGUAUCAAGCGAGUGGGAAAAGUGGAACCCAAGGAGGCACCUCCCUCCGUGCCUGA